AUGUUCCGUCGAACACUUGCCCUCUUCUCAGAGGCGGCACGCUCCUCGUCGGUGGGCGCAUCUUCCUCCGCCGACAUCUUGACGUCGCAUCUGUCGAAAGCGCACCUGCCACCGGCGCUGGCAAGAAGCGCCAAACCACACAAGAACCUGUACCAGCUGCUAUCGUCUCUGCCUAAUGACGGCGUGGGGACUCGAGUGAGGCAGCGCCGAUGGGCGGCUAAGGGGUUGGACGUGACGCACGAUGUUGACCUCAAGGCUCACUUGACCGAGUUGCAUCAGAAGGGUGGGAAGGUCGAAAAGGAGGAGGGACAUGUUUGCUACUGGGAGAUUACCAAGGUUAGAUUGAAGGAUGGCGGGAACCACGGAAAGGCGUGGGGUCGAUUUGUUUGGAGAGGCAAACCCAUCACACAAGCCGAAUCGGGAGAGCGCAUCCCUGGCGCCCUCAAGUACUGCUGGGACUCGGCGCACUAG